AUGGGUGGCAAUCAACGUGAGUUGGCCCGUGAGAAGAACUUAAAAAAACAACAGCAUUUGAAAAAAGGGUCUAAAGAUGCACAAGAACACAAGCUGGAUAAUCGAAUGGAAAGGGAUGCCGAUAUUAUGCGGAAAAAGCAAGAAGCUGCUGCUGCGAAGAAGGCUGCUCAGAAUGCAGCCAAUGCGAGUGCAUCGAAAAAGGUGCAAAGUUAUGAUCCACUUAAGUGA